GCCACCGCGUUGAGUUGAAGGAUUUUCCCUGGAAUUUUAAUUAUUCAUUUAUUAAUUUUUCCUGAAUAUUCUGAUGCAUUCAUCCACUCAGAUUGUGAGGAUUUUCUCAUCGAAAAAAUCCCAAUUGUAUUCGAAUCAUGAACGAGCCAGUAUCCUCCGAGGACUCGUACCUCACCUGUGAGAUCAACGGAUCGCACUACAUCCUGCAGCCGGUUUCAAAUUCCCCUGAAGCAUUUAUAAAUAUGGAGAACCUAGACGAGGGCUCGAUGACCUUUCCCUCAAGUCCUGAUGCAGAACCUCCUGCAGAAUCUGAGGGACAGAAUGAAGAUGAGGAACAAACAGUACCCCUGGUGUACCUUGGGGGUCAGAUAUACGCAGUGCAGGAUGGUCAACUCCAGGAGCUCGACAUCGCUCCUCUCCCUUCGGAAGUUCUUGACCUGGAGCUCACCUUGAACUCCCAAAAAUCCUCAGUCAUUCCCAACGUGAGAAGAAAUCCUCAGGAAUAUCUUCUCGAGCCCUCACCUACCCCAGAGGAUUCCCCCCAGGAGAUAUCCAAACUAGAACCCGAUCCGGACUCCGAGUUCCACGAUGAAUUGGUUCUCGAGGAUUCUGAAGACGAUAUUCACGAUCUGCAGGACAAAGAGCUGAACGCCAAUGAUUUUAUCGAGGUCGUUACAGCGUUCAAGUGCAAAAUCUGCCCCUACACCACUCAAGAUCGCUCCGAGCUCCUGAAGCACUUCAAAAAAACUCACACAAAUUCCUCAACGCCCUCGCCCCUCGACCCUAUGAAGAUCGACGAUGUGAAGCUGCUGUACAUGUGUGGAGAGUGCUCCAACUGUUUUCCCUCGAUGGAGACCUGUCGGGAGCACAUGAUCAAGGAUCACCAGCUGACAGACAAUCCCUCAGACUCUCCAACCCUCCAGCCUCUGGCUUCAGACCUCGUGGAGGCUGAGACUAAGUCAAAUUCCAAGGCUAAAACCCCGAAGCUGAUUGAGAACAGGGAGAAAAAUGUACGCUGUAAAUAUCGUGGCUGCGUUCAAAAAUUCAGCUCCAAGGAGAUAAUGCAGGCACACGCCAGCUGCCACGUGGACUCAGGGACAGUGAAUUCGUACAGGUGCAGCAUCUGUCAGGAUGCCAAAUUCGUCAAGUGGAGGGAUUGUCUCAUCCACCUGUGGAAGAAGCAUCAGGUGGACAUUGAUCUUUUAUCCUGUCCCAUCUGCAAGACAUACAAGACUGCGGCAAUGAUGAAGCUGUCCUCCCACAUGAGGGUCCACAGUGAUGACCGAGAUUUCGAGUGCUCGCACUGUGGGAAACGCUUCAAGCAGUCCAGUCAACUCCGAAAUCACCGAAUUCAUCAUCUCGACAGAAAAUCCAUGGAGAUCCCCAGAUGGUACACCUCCAAGACCUGUGAAAUGUGUGGAAAGACUUACGCCGAUGCCAAGUGCCUCAGAAAUCACAUGCAGGCGGUGCAUUCCAAACUCAGACCUUACGUCUGCAAUAUCUGUGGGCACUCCAGCUCCAGGAAGGCAAAUUUACAGAUGCAUCUGAGGCAGCACACGGGGGAUAAACCCUUCAAUUGUGAUCUCUGUGACUUCAAGACUGGGGAUCACAACUCCCUGAGGAGACAUAUCAUGAGGCACACGGGGGUGAGACCCUACAAGUGUCCUCAUUGCUCGUACUCAGCGAUACAGAGUAAUAGUUAUAAGAAUCAUCUCAAGGCCAAGCAUCCAGAGUCCGCUGGCAUUUUUAAGUGUGAUUUGUGCUCCUUCCGGACGGUCAAGAGAGAGAGCUAUCUGGAGCACUUGGGGGGACACGAGAAGGGACUCAUUAAAGCAACUGUCAAAAAGGAAAAUAAAGAUAAAGAUACAAAUGGCGUUGAAGUUUUUCCUGGAAAUAUAGCAGCUGCUCAAUUAAUCUACAGCUGUCUCGGGGCAUUCUCAAAGGAUGGGAACACCAUCGAGGCUAAUUUGAUGUCUUCCUCAACGUCAGCUGAUGGCACAUCACAGACCAUCACCAUUCAGAUACCCUCCAAGCAUCUGGAAGGCUCUUUGCCAAUAUCAGACAGCACCAUCAGGCACUCGACGACGAUCGACCAGGAAGAUGACGAGACAAUGCACUGUUUCCUUAAAAUUCCACGUGAGGAAGAGGAAAAUAUCGACACCGGUGGCAUCACUAUACCUGCUGAACUCGAUGACACCGAUCCCCACAUUUUAAACGUCGAAUCUUAAUCUGAACUUUUUUUAAGUCGACCCUAGUCACGAUUUUUUUAUUCCUCCUGUUGGUGGAAAUAAUUGAGGGGAAUUCUCAAUUGCGAUGAUUUUCGCAAUUUGUACAGUUUUUCAUUUUUUCAUUGAGCUUCCCGUACUUUACUUUAAUCGAGAACGAAGAGGAACGGUGAAAUAUAAUUUUG